AUGGUUGUGCAGGCUGCGGCUGCCACCAAUGGCGGCGUGGCGUACGCCAUGCCGUUUGAGCCCUACGCAGUGCAGGCCGCGAUGAUGCAGACGAUUACGCGUUGCUUGCAUUCAUCUUCCCCGCCCAUUCCCGUGGCUGCGGUGGAGGUUCCCACCGGAUGCGGAAAGACCCUGGCACUCCUGUCGAGUGUCCUGAGCUACCAGGGAGCGCUGGAGAAUCUUGCCCCUCACGAGCUGGAGCAGCAUCUGCGGGCACGCCGGUGGAAACAUGGCGCCGCAGCAUCGCUGUCGCCCAGCUGUGAGGCGAAAGACGACAUGGAGAAGAAUGAAUCCAAUACAAUGGCUGCGAGCAAAAGAAAGGAAAACAACUCUGCAGAGACUGAGGAGGAACAGUGGGGAGUACCAGCGCUUUUCUUCAAGCAGUUUCGCGCUCGCAGCGGCAAGCGUCUUCGUGUUGAAAUGGACGGAACGUCUUCGGAUCUUCGUCGGCAGCACCAGCCUCCUCCCUGCACCGUCUUCUACGUGACGCGAACGCAUGCACAGCUGCAGCAAACAGUUGGCGAGCUACGGAAGCUUAGGGGACUUCACCGUCUCAAAAUGAGUAUUCUGGGUAGUAGAGAGAGGUACUGCAUUAAUCACACGGUGCUGAAAGCACGUGCAAACAAGACAUUGCCUGUGGGAGGAAAUAAUCUGGGUGAGGUUUGCGACAAGCUCGUCUCUCUUGGCCAGUGUGAGGCCGUUCACAGCUAUGGGUCCCUUGCCAGCAGAGCCAUCAGUCAACCACUCUGUCGAGGCCGUACAGACAAGGUGUGGGACAUGGAAGACUUGGUCGCAGAGGGCGUGGCGAACCAAAAGUGUCCAUAUUACGCCGCCAGGGACCUCGUCUUCUUUGCCCACGUUAGUUUCGCCACGUAUCAGUAUCUACUUGAUCCGCUUAUUCGACACGAAUGCAAAAUGGAGGCGGCGCUGAAGAACCAUUCGAUCAUUGUUUUUGAUGAAGCGCAUAAUGUACCGCAUGUCUGUCAGGAUGCCCUCUCGGUGGAGACACCGGUUGACGUCUUGCGUCUCAUUGUGAGUGAAAUCGAACCCCUCGUCGCCCCCGCCGUUGGAUCCAUACCUACGCUGAGUUAUCCCCGAGAAUUCAAGCUAACGCAGUGGACAUUGGUGGAGUUAUUCUCUCUGCUUCACGACGUGUUCAACGCUAUUGUGAGUUUUGUGUUGAGACAGGAAAGUGCUACUGUGAAGCACCGAGUGCCCCAGCGACGCGCAACCGAUGACGAUGAUGACGACGCAGGGCGAGGUCCAACACUGCCUGGCGAGGUUCUUGCUAACACUAUCCGACGAUGUAUUCUUGAAUACCUGCCACUUGCACUUAGAAACCUUGGCGAUGCCUGCGACAGCGACGCCUCCAAUAAAUUCACCGCGUCGACAGAAACUGUGGCGAUGUUUCGACAGGUGUAUGGUAUUGUCAUGUCGCUGGGCGUCACCUUCAACCCAUUCCAGUUUUCGAUAUUUGGACUCUCCGUCAUGAAAAGGUGGCUUCUUGUUAUGCGCUUCAUACUGCAGAAACCAGCUGCAUUUUCUGUAAGCAUUCGUGAUGCAAUUUCCGUAAAUAGUGGUGAUUUUUCAGGUGGGAGAAUGGCAGAGCCGAGCGCGGCACCGCAGCGGAGUGUGUGCGUGCGCUGCUUAGAUGGCAGCCUCGCGUUCCACCACCUGUUGGACGUCGCUCACCGUGUCGUGUUGGCUUCAGGAACACUCGCGCCGUUUCACCAACUUGGGCGAGAUCUUGGGCUUCCGCUGACCAACAUGGCAACCUACGAGGGUGAGCACGUGGUGGGUGGGCAUCAGUAUCGAUUGUCUGCCCUCACACACAUGGCAGACGCCGUACAGCUCCACUGUAACUAUGGGAGUCUCAUGGAUGUGUCUUUUAUUAGUCGUCUCGUGAAUGUUAUCAUCACUCUGGUCGAUGAGGUGCUUCUGGGUGGGGUGUUGGUUUUUUUGCCGAACUAUAGCGUUAUGCACGCAGUGGGGUCACGAGUUCUUUCGCACUACCGUAGUGAAACGCGCAGUGGGAAGGCGCGGGUGACACAAGUGUUUGUGGAGACAAGAGCAGCAGCAGAGCUUUCUCCUCUUCUGGAUGCAUUUCGCACAGCGAGCAGCCGCGGCACUGCUGUCCUUGUUUCCGUCUACCGUGCGAAGGUGAGUGAGGGACUCGACUUCGCAGACAGUAUGGCUCGUCUCGUCGUCUGUGUGGGAAUCCCGCUUCGGCCGCUUAAGUCGUGGACUGUUGUGGCCCAGCGGCGAUACAGUGGUGAGGAGUGGUACGUGACUGACGCGAUGCGUGCGGUGAACCAGGCGCUUGGGCGAUGCCUACGUCAUUGCCACGAUUACGGCGCCAUGGUGUUGUUGGACGACAGGUACGAGCAGGCAAAACUUCAAGGACUCCUCUCAAAGUGGUGUCGUGGCAGACUGACGGUGCACCACACACCAGUGUCGCUGGUGGAGGGGCUCCAAUCUUUCUAUCGCAUUGCUGCCCAACCCAGUGCUCCUCCAAGGGAGCAGCAGCAGCAGCAGCAGCCUGCAUCGGUGGAGGCUAAGCUCUUGCCUGAGGUCAUGAUGAAAGGUUCCUCAGCACCAAAAGAGAAGCUUCGGACGCAAUGUUCGCACGCAGAGGCACUUUUUCCAUUUUCUUUGGGAACCGUGAAAAGACCUCGCGUGACAACGUGCACACAUGAAUGGAGCUGCACCGCGGUGAAACUUCUCUAUGAAGCCCACGAUGCCGUGGAUCAAGUUGCUGCUGCAGAGCUUCGUGAGACCUUGCAUAUGCUGCGGAAUGAGUACCUGGAGCCACCGGGGGAUGAAUAA